AUGUUAGAAACUGGAUCAGAAUAUUUUUAUAGUGAGGUAUCAAAUUUAAAGCUCUGUAUUAAAGCUACCAUGUUAGAAACUAGAUCGGAAUAUUGUUACAGUGAGGUAUCAGAUUUAAAGCUCUGUAUUAAAGCUACCAUGUUAGAAACUAGAUCAGAAUAUUGUUAUAGUGAGGUAUCAGAUUUAAAGCUCUGUAUUAAAGCUACCAUAUUAGAAACUAGAUCAGAAUAUUGUUAUAGUGAGGUAUCAGAUUUAAAGCUCAGUAUUAAAGCUACCAUGUUUAAAACUAGAUCAGAACAUUUUUAUAGUGAGGUAUCAGAUUUAAAGCUCUGUAUUAAAGCUACCAUGUUUAAAACUAGAUCAGAACAUUUUUAUAGUGAGGUAUCAGAUUUAAAGCUCUGUAUUAAAGCUACCAUGUUUAAAACUAGAUCAGAAUAUUUUUAUAGUGAGGUAUCAGAUUUAAAGAUUAUUCAUUGGAAUUCUCCCAGAAAGAUGAAAGUCAAGAAUAAACAUGUAGAAUUUUUUAGGAAUAUGUAUUUAACAUUUUUAGAAUAUGAUGGUAAUUUAUUACGUCGAGAAUUAUUUGGUUGUGGAACAACUGGCUCCUCUAGUCAAGUAGAAGAACAG